UCUGGUUCACAUAUAAUGAUGUAAAAUGAGAGAUCGUGCAAAUUUUCCGACCAAAAUUUUGCAAAUAGCUUAUUAAUGUAGUGCUAAGUGUAGUGUUCAUAAUUAAACAAAUCCGUUAAAUGACGUGACAGUGAGUAAACAUGCAGUUCUACAAGGAAAGGAUUCUAAACGCUGCCCAGUUAAAAAGACUAAGUGAACAUAAAUAUUCGUGUACCAGUGCGAGUAUAUUAGAUGCCUGGCUCCAGCCGUGGUGGUGCUGGCUGGUGUCGAAAACGCCGCUAUGGCUGGCGCCGAAUCUCAUUACAAUAUUAGGUUUAAUAGUCAAUAUCGUCACCACACUAAUUUUAAUUUGGUAUAGUCCAGACGCACGGCAAGAGCCGCCGCGAUGGGCCUGCGCACUGUGCGCGUUAGGAGUAUUCGUGUACCAGAGCCUGGACGCCAUAGACGGCAAGCAGGCACGGCGGACCGGCAGCCAGUCGCCGCUGGGUGAACUCUUCGACCACGGCUGUGACAGCAUCUCCACGGUGUUCAUCGCCCUGGGCGCCUGCAUAGCUGUCAAGCUCGGGGACUAUCCCACGUGGAUGUUCUUUCAGUGCUUCUGCGCAAUGACGCUGUUCUACUGCGCGCACUGGCAGGCCUACGUCACUGGCACGCUCAAAAUGGGCCGCAUCGACGUGACCGAGGCGCAGUACGCCAUCAUCGUGAUACACCUCAUAUCCGCCAUCUUGGGCCCCGACGUGUGGACCACUCAGGUGGGCUCGCUGGAGAUGCGUUACUCGCUGGGCGGGGUCGCGGUGGCGGGCGCGGCGCUCACGCUGGCCGCGCUCGCCGCCGCCAUCGCCGCGGGCGGCGUCGGCAAGAACGGCUCCACCGUCGCUAUUACAGGCGUCGAAUUUCCGUUGGGCGUCCACGCGACCGCGUUUACCGUCACGGGAGCUUUGUACUUUAUCGCCAACUUCACAGCUACCUUCCGGGAUAGGGGAUGCGGCAAAAAUGGCUCCACAGUGGCCAUCCCGACCAUCAACAUCUGUCUGAAUCUAAUAUCGAACUACGGCGUGGUGUUGUUGACGAUGACCUUAGUCUUCAAAUACGUUAAAGUGAUAAUGAAAGGCGGCGUCGGCAAGAACGGCUCCACGGUCGCAGGCACCAGCAUCCUCUCCCCGGUGAUACCGUUCUCGCUGGUGGUUGUCCCGGCGUUCAUCAUCUUCCAGAAGAGCGAGUCGCACGUGUAUGAGAAUCACCCUGCGCUGUAUAUUCUCGCAUUCGGAAUGGUCGGCGCUAAAGUCACUAAUAGGCUUGUGGUGGCUCACAUGACCAAGAGCGAGAUGGAGCUAUACGACUGGUCGCUUCUCGGGCCGGCGAUGCUCUUCCUCAACCAGUAUUUCAACAACGCAAUACCAGAGUACUAUGUGCUUUGGCUAUGUACACUAUGGGUGUAUGCGGAUCUCAUGCGCUACUGCGGACAGAUUUGCUUCGAGAUCUGUGAACAUCUGCACAUCCGCCUGUUCCGCAUCCCGUACCCGCCGCACGCCGCGCAGCCGCCGCCGUCGCCCAAGCCGGAGCGGAACGUGACCAGUGACAGUGAGAAAUCGGAGAGUGAGGACUCUGCACCAUUGUUGAACAACAACAGUAUUAGUUAACCGUAGGAAUCAAAAUGCAUUUUAAAAAACAUGGAAUAAAGUUCAAAAUUGAGUGUCGCUAGUGUAUAAAUAGCAACACAUUACUUGGUAACAAUAAAAAUUGAAAUACUCGAUGUAUGCCCUUUCUAUAUCUGUAACUGUUAUGAAACUAGUGUAGUUUAAACUAAACAAAUGCAAGAAAACCUUAAAAAAAACAUUACAAUAUAUUGAAUAUAAACACAUUCGUAACUAGUUAUUGGUUAUUAGUGUAAACAUUGAAGAAUAAGGGUUAAAAGAUAAGUAUGUUAAGGUAAUUUUUUGUCACAUGUACAUAACAAGAUCUACGCAAUGUUAAAAAAAAUUGUACUAAACUACCUAAUUAAAAUAAUUUAUUCCACGUUUAUUAAAAGUGUUAUAGUAUUAUGUUGUUUAAAUAAAUUCAUGCUUACCACUGAUAUUUUAAUUAAGUAACAUAAGGUAUUGGGUAUAGUGUUAUAAGACGUUUCAUUCAGAUAAAUUUAACUUUUGCGUCAACUGGAAUAGGAGAAUAACGAUUGAAUUGAAUGUAUGCCUAUAUAAGAACUAUACUUUAGCCAAAUUCGAUGUGGAGUUUAUAUAAACAGACCACAAGUCACGAUUUAUAGGGUUACAACACUUAUAAUCAAUUUUUAAUUUUAUCACCAUUCCCAAGUUAAACGGUAAAAGUGUAGCACCGUUCUCUGAAAGUGAAACGCCCAGUGUAAUUUACAAAUUUUCAAUUAUUACUACAUGUCUAAAAUACCUAUAUUAUAGUACUCACCAUAGAAUAUCACGGAUUUGGACAUUUGGUUUUUUUUAUGAUCAAUCGUCAAAUUGACUACAUAGUCAUUAUGAUAGUUUUU